GGCCGGGGACGUGACCGCGCGCCGUGUGCGCAGCUGCCGCCGCUGCGUGGGGCCGCAGAUGGAGCCUCCCCCCGGCGCCGCAGAAAAUUCUAAGCUGAGACAUGUAGAAAAAGAUGUUUUGAUUCCACAGAUAAUGAGGGAUCGAGCCAAGGAGCUGUGUUCAGAUAAGGUGCAAGCAUUUACUAAAUGCUGUCAAGAAACUGGUAUUCUGAUGGUGGUGAAGUGUCGGCAGGAGAACACAGCACUGAAGGACUGUCUGGUUGGCUACUAUUCUGAUCCAUCAUUCUAUGAAGAAUGCAAAGCAGAAUAUUUGAAGCAAAGAGAAGAAUACAGAGCAACUGGAAUUAAGAAAAAAAGACAGAAAUUUACUUCGAAUGUGUGAUUAAAACUUAAAAUGAACUUUUUUUUAUAUGCAGUUUGGAUUUAACUUGAUUUAAACAGACUUAAAUUGUCUGAACCACUGUGUGGAGUUUAACUGAAAUAUACAAAAUGAGAUGAAUGGAGAAUAAA